UUAAAUUUAUUAUAUUAUUUUUGGCAAUACUGAUGGUUUCCGAAAAACUUUGUGUAUAAGUUAAGAUUUAAUAUUUUUAUUUUUAUUUGCACUUAGAGUUAUAAUGUUUUUUUUUUUAUUUCUUUAUGAUGAACUUGUUAUAUGUCUCGUAAACCUAGCCGAUAUAAAGUUGUUGAAAAACUAUUGAUAAAGUGUCAGUUUAGAUUUAGGAUUUGAAGUUGCAGUUUGCUGGAUCAACAAUAUGAAGAUAUUUUUGGAGGUACUUCUGAGCUGCUUCAUAGUCUCGGUUUCAGCUAGGCCGGAUGUCAGCCUGGGUUAUCAUUACAACCCUGAUUACAAUAGUGGAUCAAAUCUUUUGGCACCGCCACCACAACCAAUAGUAUCAACAUCUUAUAUCCCAACUGCAUCAGGCAUUCCUACACCAUCUUACGGCUCAACAAACUUUUUGGCACCCAAUUAUAAUGUUGCAGCAGUUUCAUCAGCCUCAUCUGUUGCCACAACUGGAUCUUCAAGUUUUUCCAAUGGUUUUACCAGUGGCAAUAAUAACUUUGGAAAUUCUGGCCUUACUGCUGGGCAGUCAAUAAGUCAAGGAAGUGCAUCAGGAUUUGGCCAGGGAUACAUAGGAAAUGCAAUCGGAACAUCGAAUCAGCAAUAUGGACAGCAAGAUCAACAACUACAGGCUCCUAUCAUAACAAAACAUUUCUACAUUCACAGUGCUCCCGAGGAGCAUGAUGAUCAAGAAAUCGUACGUUACGUAACAAUUGGACGUCCCACAACAAAUUAUCGUGUGGUUUUUAUUAACGCACCCUCGUCAUCGUCAACGAGAGCUAAAAUUAUCGCUAAGGUUGCACCUGUUCAAGAACGGACUGCAAUUUAUCUUCUAUCGAAAAAAGAAAAUGACUUAGAUAUAACUACUGAUGUUGUUACACCUGCACCAGAUCCACAAAAUAAGCCUGAUGUCUUUUUCAUCAAGUACAAUACACCUGAAGAAGCUAUUCAUGCUCAGCAUGUAAUUCAAGCUCAAUACGAUAAAUUGGGUGGUUCAUCGGAUGUCUCAAAUGAGGGCAAUGUGCAAGUUCAAUCAGUUAUUGGCAGUGUGGGAAGUCAAGCUAGUGCUGGAGCUAGUUCAUCAGCUCAGAGUUCGUCACAGGUGACAGGUAUUUCAAGUGGUCAGAACCAUAUUCAACAAAGUGGAAAUGGAAACAUUCAGCCACAGACUAGUUAUUUACCACCAUUAAUUUAUAGGAGAAGAAGAUAUUACAGAUAUUGAAGAAGUCUUUUUCGAAAUUAAAACCAGUUCAUAAAAUUUAAAUAAUUUAGUAGAAAUGGUGUGCUUUUAAAUUGUUAUUAUUUUUAUUAAAGUUUAAUUUUUUGUUUUCUUACGACUAAUAUCCGUUGUUUUACGUUAUAAAUCUUUGUUUUUAUUAACCUUUACCCCAAAUGAUUGUUAUCUGAUAGAGUGGGUGAAUCAUAAUUUAUUUUACUCCAAUCCAUACAAACUGAUUUCUUCUAAGCAGUUAAUACGUAAGCUGAAAGAGUAUACUUAAAUAUGAGUGUAAAAUUUGGAAUAAAAAUUAGUGUGUAUAUGUAUCAAAAAAAAGUCCAAGAUUAGCAAUGCAAAAUAAAAAUAUAAACAAAAAUAUGAAAUAUAUCUCUAAUGUGUAUCAAAUCUAA